CAAAAAAAAAAUCAACUUUGGAUUUCACUUAACACUGGUAUUUUUUGGAACCUAACCCCUGCGUUCAACGAGGGAACACUGGAUUUGUUUUGUUUUCAAGCCGUCGUCUUGAUGUUGAAUCACGAUCGGCACGUUAAAGGCAAAAUCACAAAACCAGUCAAUGAUUUUGAAAAAUGUCCACGGUAAAAAGCAUCUGUACCAACAAUACUGGGCUUGUGUUUACUUGGCAAAUUUCUAAUAAUGCCCACCCCUAAUUUGCACAGCUCUCCCCCUGGAGGACAAAACGAUCACUGCAUGCCACUUUCUGAGUCGUUUGGUUGUUUUGCUGUCUGCUUGUAUCACAUACACAGUGAAUAUAUUGUUCAUUCCGAGCACUAAACUUUGUAUCAUGUUUUUUUCACCUACGUUAGGUUUCUCCAACUCUGGCUCACCGUUGCCUCCUAUGGCGCAGGCUGGCAUUACAUGUUGAGACGUGCAAUCAGUCCCUUCCUGUUGGUUUGUAACUCAAAGUUAUUUGUGCAACGGAAAUUUUACUGCACCAUAAACAACCUAACCAAUAAAUAACAAAAGGUCAGCCAUUGUAAAAAAGUAUUAAGACAUAUUUUCUUCAGUGGCUGUCCCAAAACUGGUUAAAGUGGUUACUGCAGGGAAAUGUUACUAAGUUACUAAUUUAAGAGUACCAUGCAGCCCCCUCCUACCCAGCAUUCCCUUCUGCGGGUGCUCGUCGGCAGUGCACUUCAUUCCCCCUCAAACUUCAGUGAGAUGGACGUGUGGGACGUCCCGGCAGAGCGACACAAAGGAUGGUAUCUGUCCUUAAUGGCGCCCAACACCAAAGGACCAACGUUUGCAUGGUUGGACCCAUCUAGAUUGUACUGCAACUCGCAGGCGCUUGCAGACUGUGUCCAAGACCUACUUGGACCUUUCCACAACGACACCAUUGACCUCGUUGCUGGGAUUGACGCAAUGGGAUUCAUUCUAGGUGCAUCCAUUGCUGCCCAUCUGGGUAAAGGUUUCCUGGCCAUGCGGAAAGCCGGACAUCUUUGUGUGAGCACACAGAGCCAAGCAUACAGCGACUACACAGGCAGGGAAAAGAGCAUGGAAGUACGUCUGGAUGUGCUUAAGUCAGGCGUGAGGGUGCUGUUAGUGGACCAGUGGAUCGAGACGGGGGGCACCAUGAGGGCCGCCAUUCAGCUGGUGGAAAGACUGGGCGCCACCGUAGUAGGUGUCGCAGCCGUGGCCAUCGAGAACAGCGAAGGCGGGAAGUGGAUUAAAGACGCUUACAAAUUCUCUCACUGCAUCCCCGAAGAGCUGCAGAGGCAAAUUGAUGCCAAAUGUUUGGAUUCAUUUAAAGGCUUCCACAAAUGAAAGACUCAAGACUUGACGACAUGCGACAUUCCUUAAAAAACACUUUAUUUAGGAUCUUUCAUGUCAAAAUAGUUUUAUAUCAACACCAUGAAACAUUUACAAACAUGUUUCAUUCUUAACACUCGUUGGCAACUAAAAGCAAUCUAAACGUGUGCAUGAAUAAUGGCUGCCUUACUCGGGACCCUCGCUAGGAAACACGAUCCAUUCAAAGCAGAACUGAUCCACCUCAGCUGUAGAACUGUUCUUUUAAAUUAUGUAAAAUCAGAGCACUUUUUGCUUAAGUCAGAAUCCAAUCUGAAAAGGCUGCCAAGUAUAAAAAGUAACUUGUGUUCCUAACUGCAGCCAUGAGUGCCAUCCAGUCAUGUUAAAACCUGCCGUCCAAACUUUUGGACUAGAACUUUGAUACAUUUUGUAGAUUAAAGAUGCUAAAGCCAACGUAGCGCUGUACUGUGGGCCAAAAUAUGCUAAGCUACCUGCACAACACACUCAUCUUGCAGCAUAGGUGACAAAACAAAUGUGUGGUAUUCAACAAUAUAUCUUAUCAGCACAGAAUCUGCAAAAGGACAAUAAAAACAGGCCAAAAACAGUCAACUUUGGACAGCGCUGCCUUGCGUGGGUGUUCUUUGGCAGUACAAGUCUUUAUUCCACAUCAACAAAAAGCUUCUUAUUUAGGUCUAAUGUUUGCUACAGAAUGUUAUCGCCUUUAUUUGGUGCAACCUGACACAGAAUUGAAUCAUCUGCCACUACUUGCAUAUUCUGUUUUCAGGCUUCUGAUUGGCUAAAAUAGCGCUUGAAAAGCCGUGGACAGAGUUUCUAUUGCAACCCCCCUCUUUUUUUUUAAGAUACUGUAUGUUAUUAAAAAUCCCUAUACGUGUGAACCAUGUUAGCACCUCAUGAAUCCACAUCCCACACAGGAAAAGUCAAGCAUGCAGGAGUGUCCUUUUAUGUCCGUUGGACCCAUGAACGCAUCAUUCUCCUCACUGACAGCAGGCUGGCUGUUUCUUCUUGGACGUGUUGUACAGGUUGUUGUUUGCGGUGCUGUGGAUUCCUACAAUGACGACACCAACGGUCACACGCUUGUCCUGAUGUUGUGCUUUUUGUUUUGUUUGCUGCAUACUCACGGACGACAUUUCCUAUCUGUCUCGUCCCGCUCUUCUCCAGCUCGGCGAGGACGUUUGUUUCAAAGGCCAGCGAUGCAACGCGGAAGAAGAACUCCUUCACGUUCUCCCCUACGCACACGCAGUGACGUCUCAAUUAAAACCGGCCGACAAAGUUUGUUUUGACUUCAUUUGGAAAGUCACCUGUGAGUGACGACAGCGUCCAAUACUCUGCUCGCAUCUCCUGCGCCACCUUGAGGGCAUCUUGUUCGAUCUGAAAGUACCGACCAGGAGACUGCAAGAGAAGACAUUUAUUAUUACAAUAUUAUUACAAUAAGAAUUCGCACUAUUAUUGUAAUAACUGUCAUUUAUUUUGAUAACACACAUUAUUUACAUACAUACAAAAAUCUAUGAUACAGUAAACGCUAAUACUACUUAUUAAAUACUUUAUUA